AUGCUGCGAGAAGCAGGAUCCAGUAUUUUAGAAUUCUACGACGACCUGCUGUCCAAAUGCGACGCUCGAGUCAAAGACUAUCCGAUGGUCCACUGUCCUUUCAAGAUGACGGUCCUCCUGGUGGGCUACGUAAUCUUUGCAGUCUACUUGGGGCCUCGUCUGAUGGCCAACCGGAAGCCUUUCCACCUCAACGCCGCUAUGGUGGUCUACAAUUUCGGAAUGGUGGCGUUCAAUGCUUUUAUUGUGUACGAGUUCAUGAUGUCCGGAUGGGGGACCACCUUCACGUGGAGAUGUGAUCUUAUCGAUCCAUCCAGUAGCCCUCAAGCACUUCGGAUGGUCAGAGUGGCUUGGAUGUUUUUCUUUUCCAAAUUCAUCGAACUCCUCGACACGGUUUUCUUCGUGUUGAGAAAGAAACAAAAUCAGAUCACUUUUCUCCACGUUUUCCAUCACUCUUUUAUGCCCUGGUCGUGGUGGUGGGGCAUCAUGCUGACUCCUGCCGGAGGAAUGGGCUCUUUCCAUGCCAUGGUGAACGCCACAGUCCACGUCAUCAUGUACACGUACUACGGACUGGCUGCUGCCGGGCCGCGCUUCCAGAAAUUCUUAUGGUGGAAGAAAUACAUGACAGCCAUCCAGUUGACGCAGUUCAUUGUUGUAUCAGUGCACAUCAGCCAGUACUACUUCAUGGAGAAAUGCGACUACCAGGUGCCACUAUGGAUCCAUCUCAUCUGGAUGUACGGCGUGCUUUUCUUCCUGCUCUUUUCCAACUUCUGGCUGCAGGCCUACAUCCGCGGCAAGCGCCUCCCCGCCACAGACCUCCAGCCAGCCUCGCCCGCACCCCCACUGCCCAACGGCACCCACCGACAUGAAAGCGACACCAACCACCACGAGCACAACCACACCAAUGGCAAUGUGCAAAUGAGAAAAGUCAAGGAGAUAUAA